AUGGAUUGGUGGUGGGUUGCCGGACAACACAAUGUAGCCGACAUAGUGUCGAGAGGAGUCACCGCGAUGGAGCUAAAGGGCUCACAGUGGUUUGGAGGCCCGUCAUUUAUGAAAGGACCAAUUACUGAAUGGCCGAUAUCGCAAGCUUGCCGUACGCCAGAUUUGCCGGAGAGAAACGUCGUCAUCAUGGCAGCGGAUAUGCGGGUGAUGAAUGAAACACCAAUAAAUGUGACGAGGUUCAGUAACUUCGACAAGUUAUUGAGAGUAACUGCCAUCAUCAGAGGCAUAUUUAAACGUAAGAGUUUUAGGGCUGCAUACAAUAACCUACUUCCCAAAGACUUAGACGAUGCUGAGUCAUUUUGGAUACGUGUAGUGCAGCGUCCGAUGGUAGAGUUGAGAGAAAAGGAUUCUACCAAAUUUUACAAAGUCUACGGUACAUUAGGACCAAAACUACGAGACGAUGGCAUGAUAGUGGUUGGAGACCGAGUGAAAAACCAUGUUCAUUUCAGUCACGACAAUGAUAUGGUGAUUCUCCUACCAAACGAUCGCCAGUUCUCAAGAUUAUAUGCAGAGAAAAUCCACAGAGAGGGUCAUAAUGGAGUGAGCACUACUAUGGCCAAGAUAAGAUCAAAGUUUUGGAUUGUGAGACUAAAGUCGCUGGUUUCAUCUAUCAGAUAUAGAUGUGUACAAUGUAGACGAUUCGAAGGAAAGACAGAGGAACAAUGUAUGGGUCCACUACCAAUGCAGCGAUUACAGCCUUCUCCCCCAUGGACAUAUGUGGGAUGUGACUUGUUCGGACCAUUCCGGAUUAAAGGCGAAGUGCAGAAGAGAACUCAAGGUAAAGUGUAUGGUGUAAUAUUUAACUGUUUGGUGACUAGAGCCAUACACCUCGAUCUAGCAGUGGACUGUAGUGAAGGUGCCAUGCAGAAGGUGUUUAGAAGAUUUACUUCAAUAAGAGGAUAUCCAAUGGAACUUUUCACUGACCAUGGUUCGCAAUUAGCUGCGAUGGAAGAGACGCUCAGGAAGUCAGCGCUUGAGCAUAGAACCAAGUGGACUUAUAGUACACCUGAUGCUCCUUGGCAAAACGGCGUCACAGAAUCACUUAUUAAGGGUGUUAAGAAGUCGCUGUUUCACGCUAUUGGUGAGCAAGUGUUGUUAUAUGAAGAGCUACAGACAUUAUUUUUCGAAGUGUCUGAUUUACUUAAUAGCCGGCCAAUAGGACAACACCCUACUAAACCAGAGGAGGGUAAAUAUCUUUGUCCGAACGACCUAUUAAUUGGAAGAUCCUCUAAAAUAGCUCCUGGAGGACCAUGGAAUGAUCGAGGAGGACAUGCGAGAAGACUAAAAUUUAUGCAGUAUUUGGUUGAGCAAUUUUGGAAUAAGUGGACGCAAAGUUAUUUUACUUCAUUGAUAGUCAAAAGGAAAUGGCAUACAGAGCACAGAAACCUAAAGGUGGGAGAUAUCGUGAUCAUACAGGAAGAGGGAAUAAAACGAGGUAAAUGGAAAACAGGAAUAGUAGAGGAGGCGAUAGCUGGAGCUGAUGGUAAAGUGCGCAAUGUUGUAGUACGUACGACGACCGCUACUGGGAUAAUUACGAAAUUGAAAAGAGCAAUACAGAGAUUAGUAUUAUUGCUACCAGCGGAAGAUAAGUAA